UCGUAGAAUAAAUCGGAUUUGUGUGUUUACGUUUCGUGUGAUUAGCAGUCAUGUAUCAGUCUAUAUACGAGCUUCUGAGAUCGCGGAGGGAAUGUAAGGAGAAUAUUUACUCCGAGUUCCCAGAUCGAAUGCAGAUGAAUAUCAUGCGCCCCACCCAGCCAGCCAUGGAGAGUGUACAUGUUUAUGAGGAAAUUGAAAGCAUUGCUAAGAUCAUCAGCCCCUGUAAACGACUGAAGGUGUCUGGGAGCAGUGGUACAGAAGAGAAAAGUUCAUCUAUCCAGCCUGAUGACUCCUACCCAACAAGUACCCCAGAUGUUAAACCAAACCAAAAGUCCAGGUCUAAACCCCUCAAGGUUCUCCAAAGUGAAGGACAGCUGAAGAUUUCUGCCUACAUGAACUUUGGCCUUUUGACUGUCCAUGUUGUUCAAGCUCGUCAUCUCCAGUCCAAGUGGAAACCACUAUGUAACUCCUAUGUCAAGAUGUCUUUGAUCCCUGACGACACAAAGAAGUCCCGUUGUAAGACUGAGAUGGUGAUCGACUCCAACAACCCCCUCUAUGACGAGAAGUUCUCCUUUGAGCUGAGUGAGGAAGAUUACAACAAGCGUCUAAUGAUCUCUGUUUGGCACCGUGACCAGGGUACCAGUGUGACCGAGUUUUUGGGCUGUAUGUCGUUUGGUAUCUGUCAUCUGCUGAAUCCCAGGAAGGACGUCGGUGGCUGGUACUACCUUCUGACUGAGGAGAUUGGUCGUAAGAAACAUCUACAGGUGUCUCACAAACAGAAACCAGAACUGAAGCUACGAAACCCAGAGAACAUCCCACAGGUCAACAAGGAUGUUUGGGGAAUGGAUUCUGUCAGUGUAACGGUUCAUCGAGGCAAGCAUGGCUUUGGAUUCUCUGUCAUCGAAUCCUGUCCAGUUAAAGUUGGUCGUGUUGAUAGAGCUUCCCCUGCCGAGACGGCCGGACUCCAGCCUGGUGACUGUGUCGUCCGUGUCAACAGCCAGAACGUGUCCCGAUCACAGGCCGCCAGUGUCGCCAAACUUGUCAAGCAUGCCGGCAACUCCAUCGUUCUCGAUAUCCAGCGCCCUCGUCAGGUCAGCAUUGAGACCCUUGACAAGUCACCAUGGAAACAGACCCCUGCAGGAACCUUUGAGCAGCAUGACAUCCGUGCCGGUCAGGACCCCAGGGAGUCAUCAGAGGCCGAUUCCUAUGAGGAGUACAAGGAGAACGAGAUUUCCGUCGACGAGAACCUGCUCAUGCUCCCCAGUAACCUCAUCACCAGUACACCCCUCCCACUCUUCUGCAACGGCCACCAGACUGUUCUGACUGCUGAGCGACGGAAACAGGACGCCAUGCACCGACUCUUGAGCCUUGAGCUGGACUUCAUCGACUUCAUGCAUGCCGGUAUGCAGCGCUUCUCCCGACCUCUUCGCCACUGUAUCCUGAGCCGUAAACAGCACACAGCUCUCUUCCAGAACAUCGAGAAGGUUGUGACGAUUUCCGAGUACCAGGUUAAGCAGAUCAACGACAACAGACCCUCCAUGCUGUCCUCCGACACUGAUGGUUCCAUGAGCAGCGCUGAUGGCCAGACCUUCAUGAACUUCAUAGGCAUGAUCUAUCAGUCCAAGAUGCACAUGCUCUGCCAAGCCUACGACCUGUAUGCCAAGGGACUAGGAGAGGCCAACAACGUACUGUCAGACCUUCGAAGCAACACAGACUUCAUGAAGUUCCUGAAGGACCCCAUUCAGGACUCCAGACAGCCUUCCAUCAGUGCCUUUAUCUGCAGACCAGUCCAGCACAUCAAUGACCUGUACCAGGUUUUGCGUGAGAUCUUCAUCAACACACCUGCUGAUCACCAUGACUACAAGGAACUCAAGCAAGUCACAGAAUGGUUACAGGAAUGUACCACCAACAUCACCAACUACAGCUGUGUCGCCCGUGUCCAGAGCCUCACCUCACUGACCUCAUCGUCCAGCUCCGCACAGGGAGGUCAGCGUCUGUCCUAUUCAUCCUCAGCUUCGAGCAGUGGCAGUGAGAGUGGUUCCACAUCAUCCAGCAAGUCCUCCAGCAGAGCCAAGCGAUCCAACAUCAUCACAUCAGCAUCCAUGGCAACUGUGCGAUCCGUUGACUCCCAGGUGGCCCGUAUUCAGGACAGCCUCGUCUUUGCCUCAGGUGUCCAGCCUUUCCAGCUUGUACAGAACGACCGACACCUCAUCUUUGCUGGAGAUCUCUUCCGCUGGGAGGGGAAACAGUGGGUCAAGGUAUACGUGAUGCUCUUCAAUGACAUGCUCCUUGAGACUGAGAGAGACCGUGACAACCGCCUUCGAGUUUGUUGGAACCCUACUUAUCUUCGAAACGUCGCAGGAGUUGAAGGCCACAGGAAGCACACUACUGAGUUAGUUCUCCACCUCGCCACUGCCAUCAAGGGAUCGAGUCGAAACCGUCAUGACCAGGUCGACAAGAUGCUGUUUAGAGCACCUGAUGCAGAGCAGAAGUAUGCCUGGAAGAGCCUUCUUGAGCAACGUGUCUUCGAUGUUCGUGGAUCUCUCGACCACUACAGCUCACACAGCGACUGUUCUGGCUCUUCUUCUGUUACCAUCUUGUGAAAUGGACACUCCUGAUUGAAGUAAUAGAUGCUCCCUUACUGUGUGCUGUCGUGUACCUGAAAAAAACUGUUGUUGUGUCAUAUACACUUCUGUUACAAUUUUGUGAAAUUGACACUGGUUACAGAAGGAAUGGACAUGUGAUCAUCUACGUGUGUAUUAACUGACACUCCUUUGACAGGAACAUGUUGACAAUUACGCCAGAUCUGUUUUAUAGUGUUUAUGUCACACUUGAGUGUUUUCAUCAAAAUACUUGUUAUUCAUUCAAGUUCAAUUCGCUUAUUUUUGUACAAAUUCCUGCAAUACUCAGAUCCAAGACAACUAUUGUUAUUAAUGGUCUAAUGACGGCAAUCAUGAUGUAUUAUGUACUCAAAAGGCAGCUGUAGAAUGCACCUGUUUCAUUGGUCUAGACAAUUUAUGGACAGAUAGAUAAUUUUCUACACCAGAAAAUUAUUGAUGAGUCUGUGUAUGAUGUUUUUGUUUUGUUUGUUUUACUCUUGUCUGAACACAGUGCUAUUAGUUAAGGUGUUUAGACAGUUUUAUUUCUAAUUUUGUUAUGUAAAUAUUAUUGUAAAAAUUGUAUUUAAAGCUUGUAUCAUAUCUGUAAAUGUGUAUGUAAAUGAUUUCUCAAUACAAACAGUAUUGAUAUUGUAAUCUGUCAACAUAGCAAGAUCAUACAGUUUACAUGUAUCUUAGUACAAUUUACUUGUAUUUUAGUGCAGUUACAUGUAUUUUAGUAUCAAAUAAGAAUAAAAGAAAAAUAUUGCGAUUUAUAUUGAUGUUUUAAGUUAUCAUUUUUUCUUUAAUAUAGAUUUUUUAUCCAUAGAGUUUAAUUAUUAGAUUAAUGAAAUCCAAAUGAGACAGACUAUAUUUGUAACUUGUUAUAUUUUGAGUAACUUGUAUUUAUUCAUAUAAGAACAAAAUAUCUUAACCUACAUAUCUUAGCCUGGAGAAAUCAUAGAUUUGAUAAAAAAAGUCUAAUAAUAUUUUACAUCUUAAUUUUGAUAUCACUUUUAUAAUUGAGUGUUUCCACAAUGGGGUUUAAUGUUUUUACUUUGUUGAAUAUCAACAGAUCGUUUGAGCUGAUUUAGGAUCAGUAGGGUUGAUAACUUUGGUACAUUUAUCAGUGGUAGGAAUGGGCACCAUUUAAUAGUGUUUGUCCAACAUGGUGACAUAAUUUCUUUUCAGGAGAGUGAGAGUUGUGAAUGAAUUUAUGUAAAUACAAUGUGGUUCACUUGAGUGCUAUGAAUAGUUGUAUAUUACAAGUGUACACCUGUGUUUUUCUGUUGACCAGUAUACAUGAUAUACCCCCUCCUUCAUAAUAUAUUACAUAUUAUAUAGUAUACUGACUUCAGAAAAUAUCCCAACAUAACACUAAUUUCAUAACAACAGUUUUCAAAUAGGGGAGAUAAUCGAGAAAUUUCGUACAAAGAUAAACAAAUUCAGUAUCUUCAGUGUCUGUUGUAUCAAUUAUUUUAUACUUUGAUAAGGAAGGUUUCAUAUUUUUAAUUUUCAAUUUUAUAUGUAUGCUUUCUUCCUUAUUUGGGGGUAUUUGUAUGUCUGGUAGAUUUUAAAAUUAGUUUGGGCAUGUCUUUGAUCGUAAAUGUUUCCCUUUUCUCUUCUUACUAUCUUUCCUUCUCUUAGUAUUUAUUUUUCUAGUCUUCAAUAUUGAGUGAAGUUCACCAAUACCUGUAGAUCAUUUAUUUGUAGUUUGUUAAAUGUAGAUAAGUGAAAAUUGAAAACAAUGUUCUGAUAUGAACAAUACUCAAAUAAAAUUCAAGUAAACUUA